GGUUGGAUGGUUUUUGGUCUUUCUCUUUCUUGAGUCUCAGCAUCAGCCACCUUUUCCUUUGUCUGAUUCACACAACUGAGGGGUCUUUAUACUUCUUGCAGCUUCUUUUCUAACUUCUUUCUUGCUUCCCCUCUCUCUUGUUUCUGUGCUUCUGUUUGGCUAGUUUUCUGUCAGUCUGCUUCAAACUCUCGCUGCCAAAUUUGCAAUGAAUGUGAAUAUUCUAUGCUGAGAUCACAGAGUGGCCCCAGAGAAGUUUCCACCUGUAAUCAUGAGCAGCAAUUCGCCUGUUUCCCUUAAAUAUCAGAAAGGAAAACCCAAUGUACUUGUUGAGGUUGCUAAUACAGAAAAACAGUUAUGGACGUUGAUCUACUCAAAAGGUUUAUUGAACUUGGAUGUUAAAGAGUUGUACCACAAAGUCUGCUCAAGUUAUGAGAAAAUUCUACUGAAUGAUUAUGAUCAGGCAGAGCUUCAGGAUGUUGAAUUUUCUCUCUGGAAACUUCAUUAUAGGCACAUUGAUGAAUUUCGCAAGAGAAUAAAGAAAAGUUCUGGUAAUUCAGAUGAUACAACAUUCACAGUGCUGAAAAGUGUUGCAAACUUGCAGAAAAGCUAUGACAAUCAUAUAGAAGGAUUCAAAUCAUUUUUGUCAGAAGCAAUUGAAUUUUAUCAAAAUCUGAUAGUAAAAAUUAGAAGAUGUUAUGGGCUCCCAGAAGAAUAUUCCUUCUUUAAGAAAGAUGGCAUCUUCAUGACUGUUGAACCAAAAAAAUUGCAGAAAUGCCAAUUUUUAUGCCAUCGCUUUUUAGUUUGUCUUGGGGAUCUUGCUAGGUACAAAGAGCAGUACGGAAAAUUUGGUUUAGAAGAACACAAUUGGUCAGUUGCAGCCACCUACUACUUGGAAGCUACAAUGAUUUGCCCAGAUAGUGGAAACCCCCAAAAUCAGUUGGCAGUGUUGGCAACUUAUGUUGGUGAUGACUUCCUUGCUUUGUAUCACUGCAUAAGAAGUUUAGCUGUUAAAGAACCCUUUCCCGAUGCUCUUAAUAAUCUCAUUUUACUGUUUGAAAGGAACAGAACAUCAGAUUUGCAUUCCCUUUCUCGAGAGGCCUGCUUUGAUUUCUUAAAACCUUCUGAAAGAAGCAGUGGUCAGAUUAAAUCACGAUCAAGUACUGAUGUUUCAAGUUGCAACAUGUUGAAAGCUGAAAAUAUUUUCUCUGUGGAGACAGCUUUCUGGUCACUUGUCAUUAGAACAAUGAGUUUCUUUUUCAUAAAAUCCAGUUUGGAGGACUUCCCUUGUACUUUUGCAUCUAUGAUGAGAGACUUGGACUCAAUGCUGGAACUAGAUGAUACAAAACUGGUAGCCAUGCUGGCGUCCUAUGAGCUGAUGGGUUCAGCUAUAACAGGCCCCUUCAGAGCCCUUCAAGUGGUUUCUAUAUUUAUUUUUAUUGUGCAGAAGGUAUUUAUUAUCAGUGAAACAAAACUGUCAGAAGAUAAAAAUGAUUUACAGGAGCUUGAGUUGACAAGAUUUGCAUUGACUGUCACAUUCAUUUUCAUGGGGCGCCUUGUUGAUAGGUGUUUGAAGUCAAAUCCGUUGGAUUCUUGUCCCCUUUUACCUGCUGUACUUGUUUUUGUGGAGUGGUUGGUGCCAAUGCUUGAUGAAGUAGAAGCACAUGGGAUUGACGGCAAAGUUCACAGUGCUAUGUCUUACUUUUUUGGCGCUUUAGUUGGCCUUCUAAAGCAGUUUAAUUUUAUGGGUGAAGUCUCAAAUCCAGUGAGGACUGCUCUGUGGGAAGACUAUGAGUUGAGGGGCUUUGCCCCAGUAUCUUGUUCUCAUGUGGCGUUAGAUUUCUUGACUGAUUGUGGACGUAUCCAGAGUUUGGAAAGUGGAACUAAGUGUCGUGCUGACCGUAUAAUCAAUGCUGCAAUGAAGAUUGCAAACCGAUUAAAUGGUUCUCAUAGAUGGAUAAUCUAUGACAAAUCAGAAACAAAAUUCUAUGCAGCAGAUUCAAAUGUAAACUCAGAUGGAGGAAAGUCAGAAGUAGAGUUGACCACUGAUCUGAAAGUGAAAGAGCCUGAACAAUAUAUAUUCAAUUCUGCAGAGGAUUGUGAUAAACGAAGCCUUGGGGAAAACUCAAGUAGCUCUUUUGUGGAUAACAAAUCUGCUGCCGUGGAAGAGGAAGAAGUCAUUGUUUUCAAGCCUCUUACAAGAUAUAAUUCUGCACCACUCUAUCCUUCUAUCCAUAAAAAAGAGUCAGAAUGUCCAAAGGACAUAGAGGAGCAGAAUGCAUCUCCUGAUGACUGCUUGCGUCGUGCCACAUCACUGCUUAUAGCACAAAACCAGAGCCAGGGUUAUUAUCCUUCAGAGUUUCAUUUUGACAACGCACCAUUUAAGCAGCUGGAGUCUUCUCUUGUAAAGGAAUCUGGUACACACUCAUUUUUUCAAACCCCUGUCUCUGCUGGGCCUCCCUCCCUCAGCGCUUGGGUCUUUGAUAGAGGAAUUGUUGAUAAUGAUAAAGAAAAAGGGAGAAGUGAUAUAAAUAAACAUGGUUUAAGCCCUAUAGAUGAAAUAGCUUCUACUUCUUUAUCUGGUCUUUCCAUCAGAGGACAUGAAGGUUCUGUUAUUGGUUCUAGGCAAGAUUAUGCAAGCAACUGUUACUCCUCUCCUUAUUCAGUUCCAUUGCCUUCAGCCCCAUUAUUGCCUGACAAUGCUGCUUGGUUUGAUGCUGUUCAACCGAGAUUUUCCAACUUCAAUAACACAGGGAGCAUCAAUAAAACAGGUUCCCAUGUUGAUGCAUUACAAUUAAGCAGCUAUCCAACUUGGGGUGCUACUCAUGAUCCACUUUAUUAUGGUUCUGCCAUUCCUAGUUUCGAGGAUGGAUACCCUCCAUUCCGUGGAAUGUCUUCAUCUGAAUGGCUUCGUCAAUACAGAGAAAAUCAGAGUCUUGAUAGGGCCAAUAGCCAUUCAUGGCCUCUGCAUUCUUAUGCUCCCAGGAACUCUGGCAACUUUAAUGGGCAAGAUGCUUCCUGUUUUUUUCCUUCUAAUCAGUGGGAAGCUCCUUUGGCUUCAAACCAAAUGAUUUAUACGACACCGUUGCAUCCAGGGUUCCACCAAGUUCAUGAUGCAGAUGAACACAGAAGGGAUAAACUGUUUCAUGGUUACCAGAGACUGCCCCCUUAUGGUUGUGGUGUUGCAACAGACUUCAGAGAGGAGCCACAGCCGCUUUUGCAGUAUCUGAAACAGAAAGAAUGGUUAGUCCGUCAGGAUUCAACCCUGAGAAGUCCUUCAUAUAUGGGAAACUGAAAGUUCUGUACAUGUUGAUAUGAGUAUCCUACUGGUAUGGUAAGUCAAUUUGAAGAAGUUAACAAGGCUGUAUGAAUUUAGCCAAUAUGUGAAUAUUUAUAUUGUACUUUGAUAUCUGAAAUAGGUGUUAAAUUAAAGAAAGUUUGUGGAGAAGAUCCCACUCUUUACAUAGCAAUAGCAUCUAGAUUGUUGAUGUUAAUUUUCCAACAAGUAUGCAAAGCUAGACCAAGCCCAAGAAAAUAAUUGUGAUGAUUGGAAUUAGUGGAAUGAUUUUGUAUCCAAUGUGUUAAGAAGUAGUAAUAAUGUAACCACUGAUAUAUUUAAUGUGCUUCUGUCAA